GCAGAGAUUUCCAACUGCAGCUGCUGUGUCACGGAGUUUCCCAGCUCAGAGGCCGGGGAAGUGCAUCAGGACGUGGUAGAGGGGUGGACUUGCAAAACCUUUUGCUGUGCAGGGUAGUCCUUCACUCAGCCAAGCAGAAGCUGCUGCGUCUGCCCUUGGAAUAGCUCUGCUGUUUGCCUGUAGCGUGACCCCUUCCAGCCCUGGAUCCAGCUUCUGUCUCCAUAGCGGCUUAUGAAGAUGGUCCAGUGUCCUGCACCUGACCUCUGACUUCACCAUGAUACCAACAACUCAUUCCAGCCUCUGAGACUGAGCAGGGAAGGCGGUGAAGGCCCUUUACUCUCAGGGUGAGGCCCAACAGAUUGGACAGGAGGCACGGAUGGACAGCAUGUAUUUUCCUGAGUCAGCACCAGGGGGCCCCAACCCCAUCUCCCUGGAUGUUCUCAGCUUCCUGGACACAUUAGCGAACAGCACGGAGGAGCAGUGCUUCAGCGCCCGCUCUCACAGCACGGUUCUCCAGGGGCUGCCCUUCGGCGGUGUGCCCACUGUGCUUGCCAUCAACUUCAUCCUCUGGUUGCUCCUCCUCCUGGUCUUCUCCUGCCUUCGAAAAGCAGCUUGGGACUAUGGGCGUCUGGCCCUGCUGAUGGAUAAUGACAGCCUGACGUCACUGUUCUAUGGAGAGCAGAGUGAGAAGGAGAAAUCCCCUUCCGAGACCAGCCCGCUGGAAGCUGAUAACAAAGAUGUGGGAUUCUGCUCUUGGCUCAUUUCCAUCUACCAAAUGAAGGAUGAAGAGAUUCAAAGCAGAUGUGGGAUCGAUGCUACCACCUACCUCUCCUUCCAGCGCCACCUCCUGGUGCUGCUCAUGAUCAUCUGUGUGCUUUCUGUGGCUGUCAUCCUGCCUGUCAACUUCUCGGGGGACCUCCUGGGAAGUAAUCCAGCUCACUUUGGCCGGACGACCAUCGCCAAUAUCCCAACACAAGACCGUCUCCUGUGGUUACACAGUAUCUUCGCUCUCAUCUAUUUCAUUGUCACCAUCUUCUCCAUGGCACAUCACUCAGUCCAGCUGGAAUACAAGGCAAAUGAGAAGGUUGCCCGGACACUGAUGGUCACCCGGAUUCCCAAGGAGAUCACAGACCCCUCCCUGAUCAUCAAGCAUUUUCAUGAGGCCUAUCCCAGCUGUACAGUCACCAAUGUCCAGUUCUGCUUUGACGUUUGCAAGCUGAUGAAGCUGGAUGCCAAAAGGCGCAAGGCAAUGAAGGGGCGACUUUACUUCACCACCAAGGCGCAGAAAGAGGGGAAGAUCAUGAUCAAAACCCACCCAUGUGCCCGCAUCUUCUGCUGCCGAAUCUGUGGUUUUGAGCUGGUGGAUGCCGAGCAGUACUAUGGGGAGUUGGAGGAGAAGCUCACUGAUGAGUUCAAUGCUGAGCGCAACCGCAUCACGCUGAAACGCCUUGACAUGGCUUUUGUCACAUUCCAGGAUGAGAGGAUGACAGCUGUGAUUUUGAAGGAUUACAGCCGCAUCCAUUGCCGCAAGCACCCGCAGCAGUCCUCCGUGACCACCGUGGUAAAGUCUCACUGCUGGGGUGUCCGCUAUGCUCCUGCCCCCAGUGACAUCAUCUGGGAGAAUUUAUCUGUCCGUGGCGCAUCAUGGUGGAUGCGAUUCAUCUUCCUCAAUAUCUGCCUCUUCAUUCUACUCUUCUUCCUCACCACACCUGCAAUCAUCGUCAACACCAUUGAUAUGUUCAAUGUCACACGACCUGUAGAGAGCCUCAAGAAUCCUAUUGUCACCCAGUUCUUCCCUACACUGCUGCUCUGGGCCUUCUCCGUGUUCCUGCCUUUUGUUGUGUACUAUUCCGCCUUCUUCGAGUCGCACUGGACCAGGUCAAAUGAAAAUCAGCUCACAAUGCACAAGUGUUACUUCUUCCUGGUGUUCAUGGUCAUCAUUCUGCCCUCACUGGGGCUGACCAGUUUGGAUCUUUUCUUCCGCUGGCUGUUUGACAUUCACUUCCUGGACGAGGCUGAUAUCAAGUUCCAGUGCGUUUUCCUCCCUGAUAAUGGCGCAUUCUUCGUCAACUAUGUCAUCACAUCCAGCCUGAUUGGGACAGCCAUGGAGCUGCUGCGCAUCCCUGGCCUCAUUGUCUAUGCAGCCCGCCUCUGCUUUGCCAAGUCAGAGCCCGAGCGGCUCCACAUCAAGCGGAGCCAAGCCUAUGAGUUCCAGUUCGGGCUGGAGUACGCCUGGACCUGUUGCAUCUUCGCUGUCGUCAUGACCUACAGCAUCACCUGCCCCAUCAUCGUCCCCUUUGGUUUGCUGUACAUGCUGCUGAAACACAUGGUCGAUCGAUACAACAUUUACUACGUGUACAUCCCCACCAAGCUGAACCAGCGCAUCCACUCAGCAGCCAUCAGCCAGGUGGUGGUGGCUCCCAUCCUCUGCAUGUUCUGGCUGCUCUUCUUCUCUGUCCUGCGCCUAGGUCCUGUCCGUCCUGUUACCCUCUUCACUUUUGUGGUCCUUCUCUUCUGCAUUAUCUUCUCCUUCUUUGGCUUGUGUCUGAAAAAGCUGCAACCAAGAAAGCCCUCCAGCUACCAAAUGUCUGAACAGUCUGAUGGGGCCUUCAAUGACACGGAAAGAAGCAGCAUCUCCUCAACCCCUAACUCCAAUAUGUUUGUGGCCACAGUACUGCAAGAGCCAGAGCUGAGCCUCACACCAGCUGCCUCCCCAGCCCACCAGUCCUAUGGUACAAUGGGCAACCGCCUGGAGCCAGCAGAAAACAAUGAGGAGAGUGGCCUGCAGAGCUUUGAGACAGAGCUGGAAACUGUGGAGGGUGAGUACAGGACCGGGCCAGUGUUGGAGAACCAGGUCCGCUACCAGUGAUUGCCCUUCAAGGACGGCACCAGCCGCACAGGACCACCAACCCUGGAGGAUUGAGAAUGUGGGGAAAGCGCCACUCCUGUGGGCCCCCAGCUUCCUGAGCUGCCAUACUGAACCUGCUGCCACCUCUCAGGCACCAGCACCUGGCGAGGGUCCAGUACCCCUAACUGGACCAAAUCCAACAUAGCUGAAGAGCUGUGGCCGGCCUGGCCUGCAGGAGCGGUAGCAGUGGCGUAGGAGUGGUGGCCUCCAGCUCACUCGCACAAAUCAUACUGUGGUCUAGGGCUCUGUGAUGGAGACAGAAUUGGACUGAGGGAGAGACCCCAGGAGGCCACGCUGCUUCUGUCCUGUGCCCCAGCUCCUGACUGCUGGAGCCGACUGCUUGUGCAUCUCAUGCUCUGUAGCCCGCCUGCCAUCUCCCAGCAGCCCCUUCCUUCUCCUGAAGAAGAGGUGAGCCUCCACAGACACUUCCAGCCUUUGGUUCAGCAUCCUUUUGGGAAGUGAGGAUGCAGCAGUGUGUGUGACCGUCCCCUGACAGUGAGCCAAGGGGUAUUCAGACUCCACAUGACACCAGGCUGCAAACUACUGUUAUCUCCAUAGUUUGGGGGUGGAGGUAAGGGGGGAAGGGGCUGGGAUUCUUCUCCUGCUGCAAAGGAAAAAUACCCAGACAGCUCACAUGAAUGUGUCCAAUGCAGAAGCAAAAGGCCUGAGGCAUUUUGGCUACUACGGGAACCAAACAGACUCAAGUGCAGAUGCCAAACCUUUAGCUUUGUGAUGUGCCCUCUUGCUGCUGCUGCCACUGCCCAUAUCUGCUGCCUCAGAGUUGGGGCGGGAGAGCUGCCCUGCUCCUAGUCCCCAGCACCAGCCCUGGCUUCCUACCUGUUCCCCUCAUGUCCGCUUCCAGCUGGGUGUGAGUGCUGAGCACGGUCUGUGUCUGGUUCUUUUUGUCAUGCUUUGGUGUCAGCAGUUCUGCGUGCUACCUGCUGCUAUAUAAGGCAGCCUGAGGAUGAGAUGCAGGGCAGGGGAGCCCUGAGGCAAGGCUGGGACAACAGGCAGGUGGAGGUGAGCUGUGGCUAUCUGAAGUAUUGACCUUUUGAACAUCAGCCAACAUGUUUCAGUCUGUCAGCCCAUUGUGCAUGAUGUCCUGGUGCAGGUGUGGCCAACAAGGCAUUUAUUCAAGAGGCAACAGGAAAUAAGGGGUUUCUGAUGCUGUAAUGCUUUCCUGAUGGGUACAUGCUUCAGGGAGGGUUAGAUGCUGGAAUGCCUUUGAGGUUCUAGGUCAUCUAAUAACCAGCCUUGCCCCUCUAGACUCACUCUGGAAAUCCCCAGGGUCGCAAAGGAAAUCUCAUUCUGGCUGGCACUUGGGAGCUCUCAUGUGUCUGAAAAGUGUAAGUAAGGAGGGGCCCAGGAGCAGAAGGUAUCUGUUUCUUGGGACUUUCCUAAUGAGGGGACACUUUAAAGCUGUAACUGUCUAUCUAAUCCCAGGCUUUUGAGGACUGCUAUGCUUGCUCUAACUGCAGCAGUUCCCUGCAGAGGGCAGUGUUCCAACAGUGAAAUGCAGCCCCAGUGUGGAAGCUGCAGCAUACACAGCUGCUGGCAGUAAAGGAGUUAAAACUGACCUCCAGUAGCAAAUUCAGGUUGGUCAGCCCCAGCAGGAGCCUCUGAGUAACCUGCUUAGGGCAAGAAGCAUGGGAAGAGAAAGUGAGUUAGUGAACUGCUGACAUUGAUACUUCAGAGGUACCAAAUUUUACAGUCUCUGUUUAGGAAUUGCCCAGUGCUGGAAGGCAGCCAUCUCAGGGGAAGACUGCUCUACCUGUGUAACAGCCCCAUAGCAUGACCAAAAAUGUCAAGGCAUCCAUCUGCAGCUGCAACUGCAUCUUGUGCUCACAGUCCAGGGUCAGGUCAGGUUCGGCUCACAACCGUCUUGGCACAGCCUGACUGUUGCAUGAGGCAGGCGUAUCAUGGAAUUGUUGCCAGCAGGGGACUGGCAGUGACCUCCUGGGUCUGAUCCUCUGCUCUAAUUGGCACCAGCCACAACAUAACCAUAGCAUCUCUGCAACUUAGAAGCAGCUUAGAUUUUAGCCCUGAGUACUUCCACUAGGCAGCUGUCGCCAACCCUCACUACUCUGAUGGCCAGAAACCUACUCCUUUCCAGCUAAAAUUCAUUCCUGGCCAGUUCAUGCCCGUUUGGUCAACAUUGUCCUCCAGCUUAAAUAGUUCUUGUUCCUCCCUGUUAUUUAUACUCUAAAGUAGUUAUAUACAGUAACAAGACAUCCCUCGCCUUCAUUUUGCGAAGCUAGACAUACCAACAUUUUUGUCUCCUCUCAUAAAUCAGCUCUUCCAUUUCACUACAUCUUCCUUGAACAGGAGUGACCAGUCUUGUACACACAGAGGCAGCCUUGCCAGUGCCUUCUACACUGGCAUUAGAACUUCCCCAUCUCCACUGAAAAUAGCUUUCCUGCUCCAUCCCAGGAACCCACUGACCUUUUUCAGAGCUGGACAUUCACAGCAUGACUACAAGUUGCCAUCAACUCUUACACCCAGGGCCUUCUCCUUUUGUGAUUCCCAAACAAUGGGGUCCCAGUUUAUAGCAGAAGCAUUUGUUUUUCGUUACCCAGUAUAUGUCCUUGCAUUGUGUAUGAUUGAAUUCCAUGCCAUUCUUCCAGUCCUCCUCUGGUAAUCUGGUUCUGCCCACAGAAUAUCUGGCUGUAGUGAUGAUGCCUCCUAGCAAAUCUCAUUAGCUCACUUCUUUUUUUUUUUUUUUUAAUACCAAGGUCACUACAGGAAAUAAUUAACGGUUCAAGCUCCUUGAGGAGCUCCAUUAUCAAUCUCCCACUAUCCUAUCACUCCUCUUAGAUUAGUAAAGCAGUUAAUCUUAUAUUUAAUGUCCAGACAGAUAUGAUGUACCACAUUUCUGCUCUCAAGAAAAAUCAAAUCAAAGGCAGCUACCAGAUAGAUUGUGCCAUUCUACCCUUGGUAAACCUCUGUUGUGUUUUGUCCCAAACAUGCCUCAAAGGCACAAAUCGCUCAGGUCAGCUUUGGCUCAUGUCCACUGUGAAUUGGAAGCUGGGCAUUUCCUUCUAAGUGUUUCCUAUAGGCUUACCUUUCUCCAGGCACUGAACUACAGUCAGAAGAGCCUCUGGAAGGCUGUUUCCUUCUCCAGUUACACCCAGCACAAGGCCCAACAUGUCUGAUGGUGUGUUACGCUGCAUGCAUGUUCCUGAACAUUCCUGCCUUCACACUAUGAACCCUCUCAUGGCUGCAUUCACAUGUAGUUCCCACCUGUCAGCAUAUUACCUGAACAGGGAGGUGUUCAGGCUGAAUUUAGAACUGCCCUGGAAUUGACUCAGGCUGCUAGGCCUACCUGAGCUACCCACCAGUGCAGAGUUCAGCCCUUUGUUGCGCCAGAAAAACUAGCUAAUUAAAAGCAAAUGGUAGGGGGACCACCAAUGCUGUCCUGCUGCCCUAAAAGCAGCAGCAGUCUGACCCCUGCUUUUCAGGAUGGGGCCCACAACCCCUACCAUAGUGGUGCCUGUUCCCAAAGCAAGGCAAGGCUGAGUCUGGAAAACAUUGGCGUGCAAACACAAGAGCAACUGCAACUUCAUUGGGCAGGCAGAGACUGGAGGACAGCAUUGGCAACACAGGAGUGGGGUGAACUUUGGUCUCUUUGUCUAGAGUGACACAGUAAUGGUGACUGCUGCAAUUUGGGAGUUAAACCCACAGAAAGGUGCUAGGCAGCCACUGCUCCCUGUACAAAGAAUAGGGAGAGGUUGGUGCCUCCAAAUGGGACCAUACGAGUCAGCACACUGAGCAAGGAGCAGCCUCAGAUGGCUGAUAGGAGAGGCUGCUGCUAUCCCCCUGCUUAGAGGGUGGACUUAGAGGGUGGGGUGUCAAGUCCUUUCUACAUGCAGCUGGAAGAAAGACCCUCCCCUGCCAUGCACAGUCCACUAUCUCAUUGGACAUCACCCCAAAUUUGGGAGAACUGCACUAAAAUCCUUUCCCUGUCC